AUGAGUAAACCUGUGCCAUAUGCUGGAACGAUAACGACGGUGAGUGAUAAAGAAGGACAUGAUGUACCGUGCUUGCAGCCGAUCGAUGUAGUCGAAUGCAUAUGUGAAUAUUUCAUUAAUAAACGAAAUAAACUUUCUUUGAGAAUAGGAGAUUUGAUUUACGUACUUAAUAAAGGUUCUAGUGGCUGGUGGGAUGGUGUUCUUAUAAGACACUGCGCUAAUGAUAGUGGCCCGUUGAUGCUAGACAGAGGUUGGUUCCCACCUUCCUUUACACGCUCUAUUUUACACGAAACACGCAGAAAUCUUUCUACCGGUAGUGGCAUGGAAACAUUUCAAGACAGUCUUAAUCUCAAAUUGGAAUUAUCAAGCCAUCCAGUAAUCCUAUCGUCAGAAGACCUUUUAGAUUGUUGUCGCGAUAUUGAAUUUAAGGAGCCACUAGUUUGGUCACCUACCCUCACAAAUGGAGAAAACGGGGACAGCGAUUUGUAUUACCAUAAUCAGGAUCUAGAUGUUUAUUGCCCGACUUUGCCAUAUUUAUCCCAAGGUCCGGGACCCAUGUGCGAUUAUUCAUCUUUUUCUCCGGUGACCAAGAUAACUAGUAAGAAGAUGCCCAUUACGUCAAGUCCUGAUCUAUUUUACCUCAAUAAUUGUGAUGUUACCUAUUGGUACGACCUCACUCGUUUAGUGUGUCACUAUGUUAACUUAACGGAGCGCGACCUCUUGAGAAAUGAUAGGGAGAGUUUCUCAACUUCAUUAGAUUUACUAUCAGUUCAAAUAACUUAUGUUCAUAUGCUUUUUAGAAAUCUUCGUUUAGUUGAAGACAGCUUCAAGAGAACCCUCAAAAAACUAAUCUACACAUUAUCUAGGUUCUCAAUUAACUCAAAUAUCUGGUUUCACUCUACGUCUUUUGAAGAAAGAGAAACCAUGGUGGCUCAGAAGGACCCAAAAAAAAAGGCCCCGUUCUUGCAAUCAAUUUUAGGAACUUUUCAGAAGUUUCAUUUUCUACUACGAUUACUGCAUUUCCUUUCCCAACCUAAUGAAUUCACCAUCCUACCUCAAUUAACUCCACGAUUUUUCAAAGACUCUUUCAGUACAAUCUCUUGGAAUAAUCCGUUUUUACAGAAGCACUUCAACCAUCGGAUGUCCCAUGAUUUACCCAGGCAGAUGAUCAAAGCCGUAGCGGGUGCUUCAGGAGUUGUAGCACAAAAUUUUGAUGACAUACCAGUUUUCAAACAGAACAGUUCAUUUUCUUCAGGGUCGCCUAAUCAAACAUCUUCUGCUCCCUUCCAAAGAAGGAGAAGAGGAACUAUUCUUUCCAACAUGUCAAGAAGUACUAUUGAAUCUGAUACUAUAUGGUCUAAAAGAAAGAAACCAUUCCCACUCAAUGAAGAAACUCUAAAUCUUGUAAAGUCUAGGAAAAAGCAGCUUGAUGUGAAACUGAAACAAAUGAUACGAAGUGCUGAUGAGUAUUCGACUAGUACUAAAAAUUUCUCAAGAACAUUGAAUUUUGAAAUGAAUUUUAAAACCUAUGAAGAGGUCAGUGAAACAAUUCCUAUUAUCGAUAUUCUAGAGAAUCUAGAUUUAACAAUUUUCCUAAACUUGAGAGAGCUAGGUGAUGAGGAAAGGGUGUUUGAUGACGACGUCUCGAUUGAUGACGAAGAUAAAGAGUUUUUGAAUCAUUCUUUAUCAUCAAUUUCAUACAUUCUGUCUGACUACUUUAAUAUGAAGCAAUACUUUCAUGAUGUCGUGGUAAAAUUUAUAAUUGUUGCUCAGCAUUUAACUUUAGAAGAUCCUUUCGUUUUUUCUCCAAUGCAAAAUGAUUUACCUACUGGAUAUUAUGAACCAAUAAAACCUUCAUCCUUGAUCUCGAAUAUGGACACCAAUGAUAACAAGCAGGGGGAUAAACCUAUCGAAAAUCAAGAGGAAGAAGAUGAAUAUGAACAAGACCUGGAUAGUGUUCUUCUUUUUAAUAAUCUGAUCAACCAAGAUUCAGACACUAAUGACCUGAAAUUCUUUAAUCUUUUUCAUGCUUUCAAAAGAUCAUGUGACGAUUACCUUGAUGUGCUAAAACUAGCUAUUGAAUCAGUGAAUCAACUGAUUUUAGAGAGGGAAAAUUUACUGAGUUAUGCUGCUAGAAUGAUGAAAAAUAAUAUUACGGAAUUACUGUUGCAAGGUGAAGAAGGUGGUUAUGGAUCUUAUGAGGGAAGUGAAACUACCGACAAAAGCGAUUCAAAUACGUUUUGCACGGAUUCAGUUAUUGAAGAUAAUGAUGAAUGGCAUGACAGUCAAACCAUUCUACCGCGAUACAUGCAACGUGAGUAUGAUAGCGAAUUGAUUUGGGGCUCUAACAAUAGAAUUAAAGGAGGCUCUAAGCAUGCAUUGAUCUCUUACUUAACGGAUAAUGACAAGAAGGAUACUUGUUUCAAUAUUACUUUCCUAAUUACUUUCAGAAGCAUUUUUACGACAACGGAAUUUUUAAGCUACCUAAUCUCCCAAUAUAACUUGGAUCCGCCGGAAGAUUUAUGUUUUGAAGAGUAUAAUGAAUGGGUGACGAAGAAGUUUAUACCGGUAAAAUGUAAAGUUGUUGAGAUUAUGACAACUUUUUUCAGGCGAUACUGGUUUCCCAGUUAUUACGAGCCUGACCUUAUAACCCUAAAUCUAGAUGAUUUUGUGCAAGCAGUAGUUAGGGAUAAUAUACCGGGGUCUAUGGAAUUAUUAAAUGAGGUCAAACAAACGUUUGAACAUGACAAUAUGGAAGCAACUGCUCGACCUAAACCUUCCAACCAGCGUGAAUUCCUUAAUAAUCGCUCGGAACCUUCUUACUCUACUACGGAAUCCAUUUUGGCUGUUGAUCCAGCUGUAUUUGCUACCCAGUUAACCGUACUAGAGCAUGAAAUUUAUUGCAAAAUAACUAUUUUUGACUGCUUACAAAAAAUCUGGAAGAAUAAAUACUCCAACUCUUAUGGUACUUCGCCUGGUUUGAGCGAGUUUAUCAGUUUUUCUAAUAAGUUAACGAAUUUUAUGUCCUAUUCCGUUGUAAAAGAGGCAGAUAUAGGUAAACGUGCCAAGUUGUUGUCACAUUUUAUCUUCAUUGCGGAGUAUUGUAGGAAAUUCAACAAUUUCUCUUCCAUGACUGCAAUCAUUUCAGCAUUAUAUUCCUCGCCUAUUUAUCGUUUAGAGAAAACUUGGCAGGCAGUUUUUCCCCAAACGAGGGAUCUACUGCACUCUUUAAAUAGACUGAUGGAUCCCAAAAGAAACUUUAUAAAUUACAGAAAUGAACUGAAAUCUUUACACAGUGUACCAUGUGUACCAUUUUUUGGCGUUUACCUAUCUGAUCUAACCUUCACAGAUUCUGGAAAUCCGGAUUAUCUUGUCUUGGAGAAUGAUUUGAAAGGUACUCAUGAUGAGAAAAAAUAUAUAAACUUCAACAAAAGGGCCAGACUUGUUGAUAUCUUACAAGAAAUCAAAUAUUUUAAAAAAAUACAUUAUGAUUUUGUUAAAGAUCGGACGGUGAUUGAAAGUAUUACUACUUCACUGGAAAAUAUACCUCAUAUUGAAAAGCAGUAUCAAUUAUCAUUGAUUAUUGAACCAAAACCUAAAAAGAAACCCGUUGCGAUUUCUAAUUCUACUAACAAAUCACAAGAGAAAUCCAGGGAAAAUCAAGUUAGUGGAGAAAAAUCGCCCACCAAGAAGGAAAGAUUUCCCAAGGUCCGACUGGUUAAGGUUAAGAAGAAAACUCCGAAAAUUCUUAAGUGA